ACAUGCAGCCACCAUGUAGCCCUUGAUGUAGCCGCCUUGUGAAAGCGUCGUGCAUGAAAACUGAUGAAAACUAACGAAAACUCUACGCGUGCAGUGGUGCUUUCGUGAAUGCGUUUGCCGGGAGCGAACGCGGAGAGUGCGCACUACUUCCGCAAAAGCGUGAGCUCACUUGCGGCGUUGGUUUCGCGAGCCCACCGUGUUUGACACCGCGCCCCACUAUGACGGACAGCGAAGAACCGGCCAAGGCUGAAGCUGAUGUGCUGAAGCGCCACUUACGCGGAUUAUACAAGCAGGGAAACGUGUGGUUCGGCUACGUGGAGACUGCCAAGGCGUUUGAGAUCUUGCUGCAUGACCUUGAUGAUAUAAACAUCACCUUUAGGACCGAUCACAGUGUCAAACAAACCGGGAGCCCACUUUUGGUAUGUCGGCAAUAUGGCAUUGUUGUGGACGAGGGCAUUCCAUUCACAGUUGUGCGGCACACGAAGAGAGGCUGCUUGUUUGGCCGGAUCCCAAAAGAGGUGAAGGACCCAGAAGGUAGCCAGGUGACAGGAGCAGAUGAGUCGGCAACCCCUUCACCAAAGAGAUGGAGACCUGUAACAAGAAGUGCCUGUCCUGCCCUGAUGCGUGUAAAGCAAGUGGAGAUGUAUCCAGCAUACAAGGUAAACCGCCGAAAAUGCCAUACGGGACGUCAGCUUGAAAUCAUUUCGAGAAGGCUAAUGUCCUCGUUGAAACGUGCACUUGAGGAGGAGGGCAGCGCUGAAGCCGUGCUUCGCCAGCAGCGGUUCUACAUUUCUAUGUCAGACGUCAACAGUCAUUGCAAUCAUGAUACAUCUCAGUGUGGAAUGCCCAGUGUACAUGUUGAAUCAGGAGUAGCUGAUGAUGAUGCAUCUCAGUCUCGAAGGCCCAGCGUACAUGUCAAACCAGAACCAGCUAGUCGUGAUACAUCUCCGUGUGGAAGGCCCAGCGGACUUGUCGAGCCAGAAGUUGCUAAUUGUGAUACCUCUCAAUGUGGAAGGCCCAGAGGACAUGUCGAACCACAAGUGGCUAAAAAAAUAGUUGAACUUGUUCGUCGGGGCUUGACAUCAGUGAAAGAGAUGGAAAACCGCCUUAACAUUUACAUUCGAGACAACUUAAUGGGAAAUAAAAAUGCUCGCAUUACGAGCAAAAGUAAAUUUUAUAUAACAUCAAAGGAGAUGCAAAGACGUGUCUGGCAGGCACUUCAUGAAUGCAGGUUUAAUUCCACAGAUCAGGACCAUGUAGCGAAAUACGUGGAAGAACUUCGUGAGAAGACACCAACAAUCAACUGUUUUUUUCGUGCCUAUGAGGUAAAGCAUCAAGAGGACAACCAGCCAGUUCAAACACCGCAGGAUCAAACUGAACAUGACAUUCUAGAGUCUGUGGCACAGGAGUGCCAGGAAACGCUACUGUUUUGCAUCCAGACUGAUUUCAUGAAAGAACUGUUGCAAAAAUACAAUAGUGAUGUCUUGUCCCUUGUUGCAACCUACAAGACAACCGAAUGUGCACUUCCACUAUUCUUCAUCAUGAUGAAGACACCCAGCUGCUACGCGGUGGUAGGCGCUUUUGUUGUCCAAUUUGAAACGGCCGAGUGCAUUGGCGAAGCAUUGAGUGUUUGGAGAGCUUGGAAUCCUGAUGUGAACCCAAGGUUCUGGAGAGUUGACUGCAACGAGGCCGAGAUUGCAGCUAUUUCCAAUGCUUUUCCCUGUGGGCGCACCAUCUUCUAUGAUUAUCACAGAAAACAGGCCUGGCAUGAAUGGCUCUCAAGGAAAGAAAAUGAUGUUGCUGAUGUCUUUCAUGUGAAGGAUCUGCUAGGUCGGAUAGCAGACAGCAAGAAUGAGGAGGAACUCGGGAUGGCAAUUGCCCGUUUGGAUCAGUCACAUUACUAUCUACAAAACGAGAAGUUGAAAAAGUACAUCACUCACUGGCUCUCGAUUAAAGAAAAGUGGGUUAAAAUGCACCAACUUGACCUUCCUUUUGACAAUAACAAUGGGGCAGAGCUGAGGCUUUACUUGACAAAGAAUUGUGGCCAGCCUAGCCUCUUGGAGCUUGUCAAAGUCUUGGCUGAGAAAUGUUUCACAGAGAUGAAGGCCCAGAUUUUUUGGGCCAGUACAAGCUCACUUGACUGAGCAUUGAACACAUUGGAGUCAGUUGCGGUCUUUGAGGAAAAACUGGACACACUCUUUCAAUCAGUAACAGGGUCAAUAUGCUCAGAGCAAUGUAGCAAAUCACUGGGAAAAAGUGAUGCAAAAGAUGUUGCUUCGGACCCACAACAGCCUUCCGUGUACAGAUGUCCCAAACCAGAACUCGGGCAAAAAAAAGUUGCUUCUGAACUGCACCACAUGCAUGACCAUGCUGUAUUGCGAUCACUGCUCACAGUAUUGACUGAAGCCAAGAUGGUCAUUCGCAAGAACUUGGCCGACGAUGUCGAUGUAGACACUUGAGGCUUGUCUGUGAAGGGCACUCUAGAAUAAAGAAGCAAUGCUCUCAUUUCGGGUAACACUGCUAGUCUUGGUUAUGUUCUUGGAAAAAAAAAGUCGGAAUGA